AAACACUACCCAAUUCGGCCUUCCCUGCUCCAAUGGCAACUACUGUUUCCAAGCCAUCAUUAGGUAAAUGGUUCUCCAACAACAAGAGUUUCAGAAUAAGCUUCGAACGCCUUUAUCCUUCCAAAUCUGACCUGUCAAGUCGUAAUUUCUCUUUACCUAAGUCUGAGCUUAUUGCUACUACUACUACUCCAAGAAGUACACCCAGAGACCGAUCAAGGAAGGAUGAACUCCGAGAAGUAUUUGGUUACUUCGACACGGAUGGCGACGGAAAAAUCUCAGCUCAUGAACUCAGAUCUUACUUUGCAUCCAUAGGGGAGUACAUAUCGCUCAAGGAGGCUCAAGGUGUGAUCAAUGAUCUUGAUGCAGACGGCGACAAUUUGAUCAAUUUAGAGGAUUUUAUGAAGUUGAUGGAACGUGAAGGUGGACAUGAUGAGGAUCUUAGACGAGCUUUUGAGAUGUUUGAAGUGGAGAAGGGGUCAGGGUGUAUUACUCCAAAGGGAUUGCAGAAGAUGUUCAGACGCCUUGGAGAUGAAAUAUCACAUGAAGAGUGCAAGGCCAUGAUAAAGAUAUUCGACGUCGAUGGUGAUGGUGUUCUUGGUUUCCAUGAAUUCCAGCAGAUGAUGGCUUAAUCCUAUAAUUUGUAUCUGUUUUAUGUGUUUUUUGUUUUUCCCUGUCUCUCUGUGUGUGUGUGAAGGUUACAUACACAACAAUA